UUGGUCUCUCUGGUGUUUUUCAGAAGACCUCAGCACACCACUGGCAGCAGAAGUGCAGGGCAGCUCCAGUACAGCACUUGGACCAGUUACUCAUUUUGUGUGAAACCAGGCUCUGCCACCCCAAGAGCUUGCCAAGAUGUGUGACAUGGGGGGGCUCGACAACCUGAUUGCCAACACGGCCUACCUCCAGGCGAGGAAGAGUGGAGAGGCAGACACCAAGGAGAUGCAAAAGAGACGUAAGAGCCUUUCACUGCCCAAACUUGACCAAUGCAAAGAGCAGAGAGAGUCCAUUGUUGCUGAUUAUGAAAGCAUCUGUGAGCAGCAGCCCAUUGGCAAGAAAUUCUUCAGAGAUUUCUUAGAGACAGUGCCAGAAUAUUUGGUAGCUAGGGACUUCCUGGAUGAGGUAUCAAACUGGGAGCUGGCAGAGGACAGCAUCAAGAACAGUACCAUGGAAAAUAUGGUCACCAAUUUUCUUAAGGAAGGCUCCAAAAACUAUCUGUCUUUUAUGAGCUCUGACUUGGUCAGCAAAUGCCAGGCAGCUACUGCAAAAGACUAUGAGAAUGUCAUGCAGCUGGCCAAGGAGGAAACCAAAGUCUUCCUUAAAGACAAGCCCUUCCAGGAUUUCCAGACCAGCCCCUUCUAUGACAAAUUCAUCCAAUGGAAAGUUUUUGAGAAGCAACCGGUAACUGAUAAAUACUUCUAUGAGUUCCGAGUGCUGGGCAAAGGUGGCUUUGGAGAGGUUUGUGCCAUCCAGGUGAAAAAUACUGGCAAGAUGUAUGCCUGCAAGAAACUGGAUAAAAAAAGGUUGAAAAAGAAAAGUGGAGAGAAGAUGGCACUGCUGGAGAAAGAGAUCCUGGAGAAGGUCAACAGCCCUUUCAUAGUCACACUGGCUUAUGCCUAUGAGAGCAAAACCCAUCUGUGUCUUGUUAUGAGCCUCAUGAAUGGAGGGGAUCUGAAGUAUCACAUCUACAACGUGGGAGAACGGGGUUUGGAAAUGAAGAGGAUCAUUUAUUACUCAGCUCAGAUCACCUGUGGGAUUCUGCAUCUCCAUUCCAUCAACAUUGUGUACCGGGAUAUGAAACCAGAGAAUGUCCUCCUGGAUGAUAAUGGGAAUUGCAGACUGUCUGAUCUUGGAUUGGCAGUGCAAGUCAAAGAGGGAAAACCCAUCACUCAGAGGGCUGGGACAAAUGGUUAUAUGGCUCCGGAAAUCCUGAAGGAAGAAGACUACAGCUAUCCUGUGGACUGGUUUGCUAUGGGCUGCUCUAUUUAUGAGAUGGUUGCUGGACGAACACCAUUCAAGGAUUUCAAAGAAAAGGUCAAUAAGGAUGAGGUUAGAAGAAGAACUCUGGAAGAUGAGGUGAAAUUUGAACAUGCCAGCUUUACAGAGGAAGCGAAAGAUAUUUGCCGACUGUUUUUGGCUAAGAAAAAAGAGGACCGUUUAGGAAGCAGGAAUGCGGACGAUGACCCAAGAAAACAUAAUUUCUUCAAAACGAUAAAUUUCCACAGGCUAGAGGCAAACCUUAUUGACCCUCCAUUUGUGCCAGAUCCAUCAGUUGUCUAUGCCAAAGAUAUUGGAGACAUUGCUGACUUCUCUGAAGUACGAGGAAUUGAGUUUGAUGACAAAGAUAAGAAGUUCUUCAAAAGGUUUGCGACAGGUGCUGUCCCUAUACCCUGGCAGGAGGAGAUCAUUGAAACGGGACUGUUUGACGAACUGAAUGAUCCCAACAGAGUCGAGUCCGGAGGCUACGCCAACGGAGGCGAAGCUAAGUCAGGAGUUUGUUUGUUGUUGUAAAAAUCGUAUCGUUAUCAAAGAGUAGAAACCACCUCCGAACUUUCCGUGUUCUGACGCUGUGUCAGAAACUCAGUGCACCUGUUUGAGAAGAACCAACCAGUGCAAUGUGACAUUGGCAGGCUAUGUAGGACGACCAGCAGUAUAGACUGUAUUAUUUGCCUUUGUUCUAACAAAGGAGAUAAUAUUUUUGUGUUAUUGGAGAUGUAUCAAAUGAAGAACCGUAUUUCUCCAAGAAACUUAGAAUAGAAAUUCUGGAAUACAAAAAAGCAGUGAUAGAGUGAAGAGGCAACAGCUUUUGAAAAUGCCUGAUUACCGUUUUGAAUACAAUGAUUUGUUGGUUUUCUUUCUUUUUUCUUGCUAUUUCUACUAACAUUUCCUUGUUCUGCAGUUUUCAGGAAGGAUUUUUUAAUUUUCGAGUAAUAUUCUCAGUUAGACAGUGGAGCUCACGUACCAUGUCAAACUUGGAAUCUUAUUGGUUAGCCAGUCUGUCUGUUGUUUUCUUAAGUUCUGUUAGUUUUUGGAUGGUUUGAUUGUAAUAUGUUCAAGUUGUCAUAAAAUAUAAAGAAAGCUCUACAUAUCAUUAGAAAAUAAGAACGACACGAUCAGACUAUUUUCAAAGUUGAUUUUAAUGAAGUGAAGAUAAGAUUGCACCAAAUCUAAUGGAAUAAAGCAUUUAUUUAUUAUUAUUAAGUGUAUUCUUUUAAGUGAUAAUACCAUACACAAAGAAAACAUUUACACAUUCUCUUUGACAAUUUUAUACUUUUAUCAGGUUUCCUGCUAAUUUUUCUGUAUUUUGGUGAUAAAUUAAGCUACAGAUAGACCAAAGCAAUAUGUUAUUGGCUUUUUACAAGACAUUUAUUUCAGAGCAAUAUAGGUUUUAAUUCAGUAGUUGCAAAAUGCAUUAUACUGUUAAGUGCUGUAAUGGUGGAAAGGUUAUGUAUGCAAGUUGAAACUAUCUUCAAAUGUUUAUUGAUUCUCAUGCAAAUUUUGAUGUGUUUUUGUUUUUCAAUUUUAUGACAACCUAAAUUGAAUUAAUUGGAAACAUUUCUGUGAAUACUUGCUACUGGUGAAGUGUAUUACUCAUGAGAGGCCUCCUGCUGAUUUUCUGUGGUAAGAAAAUAGGCAGUAGUUGUUUGCACAACUUCUAAAACUGAUCCUGCAUGCUGGUUAUGUCAUCCAUCCAGCCACAAUUUCCAUUGACUAAAGUGGAAGUUGAACCUGCUUCAUUCCUUGGAGUCCUGGAGGUUGCUGAUGCCCCGUUUUCUGUUUUUCAUAUGGCAAACCCCCAACUGAACUCAAAGACCUCCAUUACAGAGACAUUGGGAUUGAACCCACACAUCUGUUUUAGAAGAGGAAAACCAGUAUAUACGAUGUCUUCUAUAGUCAGGUCUGUCAUGUGCAUAGCUUUAGUAUUUAUUUAUAAUCUAAUAACUCAUCCCAAACAUUGCAAUAAACAAAAACUCCUUAGUUUUAAAUACUUUAAGUGAUUUAGUCACAGCUAAGAAAUACAUUGGUAAUACAAUGUGUUGUUCUAAGCAAAGAAAAUAAUUGUUCUUUUUUUCCUUUCAAAUUUGCUUUUCCAGUGCUUUAUAUACUUAAUGUUCAAAUGAAAAUCGUGAAGAACAGUGCUACUUAGGAUUAGUGGAUAAUUCUGUUCAUUAAUUAUGAGCAUAUAAUUGUCUGCCUUUUGAGCAGAGACUUUCUGUCAAAGAGUUUAAAACAAUGUAAGCUGAAUUCUGACUUGAUCUUUUAAUUGAGAAGGGUGAUCCUGAAAGAUUGUGAAAAGCAGAGGAAGUUGGAAGGAGUGUGAUGUGGUUCUGGCAUGGAUUUAGGAGAGCACUUCCACUGCUGACAUCCACUGAUUUUAUUUCUUAUUGCUCCCAUCUGCAGAAAACUCUCACAGAGUGGUAUUAGGCUAAUAUAUUUAAGAAAUCAAGACAGAAAACUUCAUCAUAUAUACGUUUUUUAAAAAACAAAGCAAAACACAAAACCACACAGAAACUACAACCACCCCCACCACAUUAUUACAGCUAGGAGAGACCUGUUAGUCCUAGUGGCAUCAAACUUUUGUCCUGAACUGAUACACCUCAAAUCCAUAGAAAUGCUGUUUCACAAAUCCUCCAGAACCAGAAAGCAAUACUCUGUAAGGUUUCCAUUGCAUAACUAAUUUUUCAUUAUAUACAUGGUCCCCUUUGGAAAGAGGUUAUAUAUAGACAGAACCAGAACUUAAUGUCUUGUUUGAGUCACAUAUCCCCUGUGAUACCAGGUGUUGCAAGUCUGGGUUUUUCAAAAUGUAUUGCAAUACCGAGAUGUGUGAAUUCAGGAUGCUAUGGGCACAUAAUGUUAGGUUAUUUAGCUUUAGAAAUGUUAUGGUGUCACUAAAUCCCAGGAUGUGUAUCACUGAGAUACCAUAAUGUUAAGUGUCUCAUAAAUCAUUCAAAGUAGCACAUCAGAAGUCUGGUAAUGCACAGUUUGGCACAGUGUGUGACAGAGAAGAAUGUGUUAGUUUGAAAUACUCAUUUUAAUGUUUUUAAAAUUCUCCUUCACAGCAUGAACAACUUCUCUUUGCACUAUGGAGAGAGGGGCAGGGCAAAGAUUAUUUCUGUAUUCCUGUUAGAAUUUUCAGUGGGUCUU